AUGGAAGAAGGAUGGACAGGAGAUGGGGAGGAUGGAGAUCCUCUAGAAGGUCGGAGUGGGAAUGAUGAGGUAUCCGGAGAAGAAGUUGAAUCAGCUCAAGAAGGUUCAGUAGAAGAUAAGGAGGUUGAGUUGACUGUUGUUGGAGUCGUUGGAGUAAUCAAUCUUCUUUUCCUUGGAUUCCUCAGCUACUUCUUCUUUGAUCUCCAGGUUGUAAUUGAUACCAUAAAUGGACCAGUCUCCUUUUCAGCCAGGAACCUUCUUCACAUCCUGGUGCUAGCCAGCAUUAUAUUAAACUUUGUUUCAGCACUUGUUGCAGGUUGCAAGUUUCUCUACAAGAAGUUGAGAAGUCCUAGAGGUUCAUCUGAUGCUGAGAAGGGAGUUCAGGGAGUUCUAAAGUGCGGGAGGGAUAAUUGUGUGACAUGCGAGGGGUUAGUAGAGGGGUGUGUGUUCAAGAGCAGUAUAACCCACACCAAGUAUUCCUUCAAACCUCAAGAUCCCUGUAACUGCAGAAGUCGAAGAGUGAUCUACCUGGUCACCUGUCAAGAAUGCCAUAUGCAGUAUGUGGGAAAGACGGAGAGAGGUUUGUAUGAGAGGCAUUAUGAGCACAGGAAAGAGGUCAAUAAUGAGAGUUCCCCACUGGGCAGACAUUUCGGGAAAUGUGGGGAAAAGAACUGGAGUAUCCAGAUCAUUGAAAAAUGUAGUUCAAGUGAUGCGCUAAGUAAAAGGGAGGGUCAUUGGAUAAAAGAACUGAGAUGUCUGUCCCCAGAUGGAAUAAACAUAAGAGACGAGGGUAAAGAGGGUUUGAAUUUGAACCCAACUACCCGGAGACCCUAGGACGCGUAAUUAUUAUCCGUGCUCCUAUACAGAGUAUUCCCGAUCCUCUGGACUUUAGUGUGUCUCCUUGUAAACGAGACAAACAUCUUUCUGAUUGGUUGGAACGGACAGCUUAUUCAGGUUCGGAAAAGUGAGAGAAAUCUAAAAGCUUGAAAUCUGUGAGAUAUAACUCUUCUUCUCCAUCCACUGGAGAUGCAUAUGGAACGAAACCCUAGGUUUGGAACACUCUGAGGUAUUCAAGUUAAUGGAAGUCUACGUGAGAAGUCCCGCGCUGAGCCUCAAUAUUCAAACUUUAACCGGGAUCCAUUUGGUACUAUGCGAGCAGCCCGGGGUUCCAGUGUACCCUCUUCCAGGACAGGGUACCAGGGCAACAUGACAAGGGACCUGAAAACCAGUAAAGGGGACCAGGAAUCCUUGAUAGGGAACCUAGAAACCAGAACAGGUCACAGGACGGAUAAGAGUGUUGAGAGGGUUGAUGAGCCAGAUUACCGUGGAGUAGGAGAACCUGUAGACCCUCAGCUAGCUGCCACUGAUGAACUACUUGGCAUCACGUAAAUGAACCAGAAGAACAGAA